ACAUCGUUCCAGGUCGAAGCACGCUGAACAUGGCUGCAAAUACUCGCUCAAUUCUUCUCCUUUUCCCCUAAUUUUCUUUCUUAUCAUCUUAAUUAUUCCGCUAAUCCUUGCAAUAAUGCAGAGGACACCUACCUGUAAGAAUUGUUGUAGGAAUUUUUGCUUCCAAGGUUUUUACAAAAAUAAACCCCCGAAUAUCCCAUUGUUGCUGGAAUGUGGCCAUACGUUCUGCAAGGGAUGUAUAACAAAGCUUGCAAGACUACACAAGACCCAAGUAAUAUGCCCAGAAUGUAACUACCCGACUGUGCUGGUCAAAGAGGGCGAAGCUGGAGUCGCAGAGCUUCAAGUAAAUGUUUACACCAUGGGAAUAAUGGCUACUAACAGUUAUAGGAAGGCUUUACUGGAAAGAACUACAGCCAAGAAAGCAGAUUUCAAACUGACGUCAAAAACAGGAAUGCAACAAGCUGUUGCUCUGAUCGCAAGGCAGAGACAGCUACAAGGUGAAGGAGGGCAAAAGGGGAGUAAUGCUGUUCUAAAGUGUGAGGAAUGCUUCAGUGCCACAGCCACUAGUAGAUGUAUCAAGUGUGAAUGUGUCUUCUGUACCAAGUGCUUUGAAAAGGUCCAUUCUUCUUCUCAUACACUUCAAAAACACAGACCUCUUCCACUACUGGAAACAAGUGCGGAUGCAAAUUCUUUUGGUUGUACUUUGCAUGACAAUCGGCCAUUUGAGUUCUUUGACAAGGAUGACAAGCAGCCUGUCUGUGCACAUUGUGUGGUGGUGGGGGACAGACAGACACAUGAUAUAGUACCCAUAGAUCACAUGACUAAUGAAAUCAAAGAGCAGCUGCAGCAAAGCUUAAACGAUGGGAAAUCAAUAUUAAUGCAUUUAGAACACUCACAGAAGAAAAUAAACGAUGCUUUAGCUCACAGUAAAUCAGACAAGAUGCAACUGAUCAAUGAAAUCAGGGAACACUUCCAGUUUUUGAGUGCCAACCUACAAGUCAGGGAAAAUGUCCUGGUAAAAGAAGUAGAGUCUUCGCAAAGCGCUGGUGAAUCAUUAGAAUUGUCUGUUACUGAAGACAUCAAGAAAACGAGAAACCUUAUUAUGGAGUUAGAAAUGACUUUGGAAGAACCCAGCAAGUUAAUAAACCGAGCCAAAGGGUUCAUGACAGAACUAGAAAAGCUGAGAGAAAAACCAUGUUUUGCUGUGAAGACUACCAAUCCUGAUGGAGAUGAAUCUAGAUUUUCAUACAACGAUGAUUAUCUGGACUCGAUUCGAGUGCAUGGUGAAAUAAAACAGGCAGAAUCUAUUGGGCUUGAGCUGAAGAAGCUAUCCGAGGUUAGUGAAGAGGAGCUGAAUCAACAGUCAGAUGAAGAGGAAACAGAGAGUGUAAUGAGUGAAGACAGCAGUGUACUGGAUGAUAUAGAUAAUAAUAAUGAUGUUAGACGAUCUCUAGCUGCUAGGAAACUGCUCAAUAUACCAUAUCGACAUGAGUUGGCCCAAGUGACGCACAUAAGGGAUCCAUCAUAUUUCAUGGUCCAGAGACUGGCAGACAUGGAACAGCUUAACGUCAUGAUGAAUGCUAUCAACAAGUAUUGUGAAGCUUCUGAUGCUAGUGAUUUGGUGUUAGAGGCUAAUAUUGGUGACAUGGUGUGUGCUCAGUUCACCGUUGAUAACCAUUGGUACCGUGCGCGUGUGAUGUCCAUGAACGCUCCUUCCCAUCAUAACGUGUUACCCACUGUUGAGAAUGGUCUCACCAUACAAGUCAUGUAUAUUGACUAUGGCAACUUAGAAUGGAUCCCCAUGAUAAGGCUACGUACCAUGCCCAAGAAGUUCCUUCAGGUCCCAGACAUGGCUGUGUGUUGUUCACUUGUAGACGUAGUACCACCCUUCCAGCAAAACCAAUGGCCACCAAAAGCUAUCAAAGCCUUUGGAAGUUUAACAGGAGACAAGCCAUUACUGAUGACAGCUUUGCGCCGAGGUCUUAACGGAACAUUACAUGUUGAUCUAAAGUCACCUGAUGAUGAUGAACCCACACAUGACGAUGACCGACCCGCAUCAGUACGGGACGCCCUCGUGUUCCUCGAGGUAGCGAAGUUCAAGAGCCCCGCCUCGGAACCCAGUGUGCAAGUCAUGCAGCAAUCCUUUCCUAUGCGUUCCUUCAAGGAUCCAUCAGCACUAGAAGAAGGGCAGACAGUACCUGUAUUAAUAUCCCAUGUUACAGGACCCGAUGAGAUCUAUCUACAAAAGCUCGAUGAGGACGAGGUAUCUCAACUACUCUUUACAAUGCAAGAAAUGGAGAGGCUGUACAACGAACGAACAAAAAGAAAAGAUUUGGAUAUACUCUGGCCUUACAAAGGUCUUGUCUGUAGCGCUCGAUUCACGGAAGAUAAAUCCUGGUAUAGAGCAUUAGUUGUCGGUGUGAAUAGUGACGAGACAGUAGACGUGACGUAUGUUGACUAUGGUAAUGCUGAGACGCUGCCCUUCAGUGAGAUUAGAAAGCUACCAGACUCACUGUUGGGACUACCAAGACAGGCUUAUCCAGCCUGUUUGGCUGAUGUCAAACCAUGUGAAGAAAGUGAAGAUUGGAAUGAACAGGUUCAAGACUUUGUAUGUGGGUUAUUGCUAAACAAGCAGUUUGAUGCCAAUAUUAUAGGGACUUCCGGUGGCAAAGCUUCCAUUGUUCUUCGUGAUGCUACAUCGCAAAAGGACGUGUCUGUGAAUGACUUACUAGUCCAAUGUCACCGUGCUGUACCUUCAGGGUUGGGUGUCGUUAAAAGCUUCGAGGAAGAUGAAGAGGCAAAGAAGCCUUCAGAAGAAGAAAAAAAUUCUGCAAAUGAAGAAGGAAAAGUUACUGUAGAAAAAGAGGAGAAACAGUCUGCCGUGGAAGAGACACAAGCUGAGGAUAAACUUGACAUCAAAACCACAGAAAGUAUUGAAAAAACAGACGAACAUCGAAACGAAGGGAUUGAAACACAUCCCCAAGAAGAAAUGGCAGUUAUCAUGGAGAAUCAAGGCAAAGAAAAAACAAUCCCAUCGACAAAUAAACCACCCAUGUCUCCCCCUGAAAGGUUACUAGCACAGUACCCUCCAGCCAUACCUCCAGUUGAUAGACAGUUCCAGGCUAGCGUAACAUAUGUUGGAUUGGAUGGGUCGAUCUUUGUACAAGAGCUGAAAGAAGAUGAUCGAACACUAAUAAACAUGAUGGAAAAACUUAACAUCCGAUACAACAGCCACGACCAAGACCCCUCGGACACUCCGACCAGUAUCAAGGAUCUUUUUAUCGGACAGCCCUGCUGUGCCCGGUUUAGUGAUGAUGGCAUGUGGUACAGGGCUUUGGUUACCAAGGUGAUUGUACCAAAUAAAGUAGAGGUGAACUACAUUGAUUUUGGAAACUCAGAAAUCGUGCCGUUGUCUGAGCUUCGACUGGAGGUGUUGGAUAUAGAUGUACCAAAGCAGUGUCUACAGCUUGUUCUCUACGGAGUUCGACCGGCGAAUUCCCAGGGUCGUUGGUCUGGUGAGGCCAUUUCAUUUCUCUCUGAAAUGAUUGUUGGAAAAGACUGUUCAGCGAUAAUUGAGGGCGCCAAGAUACCUGGAAUGCCUAUGGAAGUGAGACUAUGUUUCCCAGACGGUAUGAAUGUUGCUGAUGCCUUAAUAGCAAAAGGCCUGGUUACCUCGACAUCCGGUGUGGUUGGACCCGCCCCUGAUGUCCAGUCCUUCCCUGCUGGAAUGUCGAAAGCAACUCGUUCUAAAUCUAGAGGAAAGAAGAACCCGCCUGUUUCUAGAGUAGAAAACAAAUUACAAGCAAUGCUGAUCAGUGCAAGAGAAGCAGAUAAUAUUUUACCCCAAACACAGCUACCGGAAGUAGGCAUGCCAUUUGACGUGACCGUCACGCACGUUGAGCAUCCGGGUUCUUUUUUCAUUCAGCGGUCUCCUGAUUUUGACUUGGAAGACGUGUAUGACACCGAUCCUACCCUUCUGGAUGUAGAGGAAGAGCUGGAGAAACUCGAGGAGAUGGCGAUUAGUAUUAAUCAGCCGGAGUAUUUUAAGAAGUAUGAACCUCUGGCUCAUGCUAAGAAAGGACUGCUUUGCUGUGGAAGAUAUACAGAAGACGACAUGUGGUACAGAGGUCAAGUACUAGCUGUACAAUCAGACAAACCCCUGAGGGCCUUGGUGCGCUACUUUGACUAUGGCAACUCGGAGGUACUUACAGGAGACAGAAUGCGUGGUUUUCCGUCGGAGUUACUGGACCUUCCCAUCCAAGCAACACACUGUUGUCUGGGUGACGUCACACUUCCUAAGAAAACCGCUGAUUCCUCGAAAGAAGGCUCGGGGUGGCAUCCUGAAGCUAAGGAACAAAUGAUCGAACUGGUUGCUGGGAAACGAUUGACGGCUAAAAUAGUGGCAUACAGUUCGCCUAUUUCUGUAAUUCUUUACGAUCACGUUCCUAGUGAAGAUGGUGAACCUCUCGACAUCUCCAUCGGAGAGACGUUAGCUAAGAAGGGGCUUCUCUUAGCCUCAAGGGAAGACUAUGACGUCUUAUCCGGUGAUCUUAGCUCAGAGGGCGCGCCGUCAGAAGAAUCAAGUGACGUCGAGAUUGAAGACGAUGAGGUGAAUGAGGAAACGAGUGACAAUGGCACUCCAGUUGAUUGGGCGACUAAGGUUGAAAAAGAACUAGACUUUGGGGAAACUCGUGAAUUAACUCGCGAACUAAUUAAUCCCGAUGCCCAAACAACUAAGCCUCAGUCUGAAAAUCUUUUAGAGAAACUUUUGUCAAGCAGGGUAGGUUUCGCUCCAGUAGGGAAAUCUACGCCACUGCUUACCCCACAAGAAUUUUCUGUCUCACCAACAAAGUCAUUAGUCACGUCUGACCCUGUUGCUAGGGGACAGGAUGAGGCUACGGCUGACAUUACUGGUCAGCGUUCAGUACAAGAUAGUGAGCCGCAAAAAUCUCAAACUGUAAAGAACAAAGAUGAAGAAGAAAAGGAGGAGGAGAAGGAGCUAAAUUCUGGUGUUCCAGAAACGUUGGUAUAAAAUUAGCUUCUGAUACAAUAUUACUUGGGCUACCUGUGGCUUUGGACGCAAAAAGUUAUUUGAAAGUAAUGUUCUGUUUUAUCGUGGACUGAAACACGUUUCAUGAAUCGGGAUACCUGUUGUGCGUGAAGCUCAUUCUUCCUGUAUUUAGCAAGGGAUUCUGAUACUUCAAGAUCUAUUGCUAUUUAUUUAAUAUGAGUUUAGACAGGUAAAUUGGUACUCGUGGUCUUUGUAAAACAAUUUGUCGAUAACUUCAGGUACUUCUUGUGGA